UCAGAGGUCACCCGGGCCUGUCUGGGGCGCCUCUCCAGCCUGGCGCUGGCCCCGCCCCUCCCGACCUCCCAAAGGCGCGGUGACGCCGCCAAGGAUGCUGCUGGGCGGCGGCGGAGGAGAAGGAGAAGGGAGAUGCAGGCGGCGAAGCGGAGGGAGGCGGGGGCCCCCGGAGGACCAUCGGCGCCCCCCGGAGAAGGCAAGCCCUCCCGGCGCAUUGGGCGAGGGGCCCCCGGGCGCAGGUCCCCCGCACGGAGCGGGCCCCGAAGCAAGAUCGCCCCUCCGGCCUCCCUUCCCAGCCCCGGACCCAGGAGCCUCAGGAGGAAGGAGGCUGAGGGCAAAAUGGUCCCCAGAAGUGGGCAUACGAUGAUGGCACUUGUUGAUUCUAUACAGCAGAGCUACCAGAUGCAGCCAGAAAUGUUAAACGAUCUUAACACAGGGGCAUUGCUGCAGACACCCGUCACAGAAGACAUGGAUGUGACUUGCUCUGUUGGACAAGUGCAGCCUGACCUUGUGAGGAGUUUGGAGAUGACCGUUGUCGAGAAACACCUUCCUUCAGGUUAUGAGCAAGGUUCUACUGCACAAACCCAGACACUGCGGGAUUUUGAGAAGCACCUCAAUGACUUGAAGAAGGAGAACUUCAGCCUCAAGCUACGCAUUUACUUCCUGGAGGAACGGAUACAGCAGAAGUAUGAGGCCGGCAAGGAGGAUAUCUACAGUCGGAACAUCGAGCUGAAGGUGGAAGUAGAGAGCCUGAAAAGAGAGCUCCAAGAGAAGCAGGAAAACUUGGAUAAAGCUUGGGCAGCAGUAGAGAACUCGCACAGUCAGAAUGAAGCAGAGCUCUGUCAGCAGCGAAAGAACAAGCAUGUUUGUGAGAUCCUGGAGAAGAAAGCCCAGCUCCUACAAGAGGAGGUCCAGUCAGCAAAUGCAAACGCAGAAAGGAUGACAACGCUGGCUGAGACUGAGAAGAAACGUUGCUUGGAACUCAGCAAGCAGCUAAUUGAGUUCUCCAAGAAGCAGAAUGAGACCCAGAAAAGCCAGGAAAUGUGCCGAGUUAAACUGGCCGAGAAAGACAAGAGGAUUGAGGAGCUGACCCAAAAUCUAAGAGACACGGAGCAACUUCUUGAGCUGCUCUCUACGGAAAAACAGGACUGGCAACAAUGUUUGGAGGAGCCUCGGCAAAUGAAAGCACAGAAUUUGUAUGAGGAUCAACUGAAGCUGGCUCAGUCUGAUGUAUUGCUGGGUGAACAACCGUCUGAAUUGAAUAACUCAGAAGUGGUGGAGAAAAUCAACUGUUUAAAUGCUACCAACAAGCUACAAGAAAAACUGGAUGAGAUGACUUUUGAACUGAGGUCUGUUCAGCAUUCAUCCCAGAUGCAGGGUCACAAAAUCCAGCAUUUGAAUGAGACCUUGAAGAGCAAAGAAAAUGAGUGUCAACAACUAAACGAUAUAAUUGGUGAGCAGAAUGAGACAGUAACCAAGCUGCAGGACAUGCUACACAGAAGCCAGCUUGGACAAUUGCAGAUCCCUGAGGGUUCUUCCACAUUGCAGCAACAGCAAAUAGGGCUUCUUACUGUGCAGAACACGCUUUUUUCAACUCAGUUAGAAGUGCAGCGACUGAAGAGAACUCAGCAGCAAAAAGAUCGUCAGUUGCUCGAAGCAAAAAAGACCACACAGUUGCUAGAGACAAUGUUACAAGAAGAGCAGCAACAGAAGGAGGAGGCCUGGAAACACAAUAAGGAAUUGUGCGCCACUGUUCAGCAAUUAAAAACAGAGCUGCAGGCCAAGAACUGGCAAUAUUCUACUUGGGAGAGGAACACCUCAUUGGAGAUGGAGCAACAAGAGCAGAAAAUUAAGCAUUUGAAUCACAAACUGACUUUCAAAGAACAGCUUAUCCAGGAAUCUAAGGAACUCCUGUUAUAUCUCCAAAAGAGGGAUAGCAACUCCACAUCUGCUGAUAAAAUGGUGCAGCGGUUACAACAAAGAAUUAAAGACAGAGAUGCUGCCUUGGAGCGAGCAGUAGAUGAAAAGUUCAGUGUCCUUGAAGAUAGAGAACAAGAACUGCACCAACUUCGUUUGUCUGUGAAAGAGCGAGAGCAGGAUCUGGAAAGGCUGCACCAGGUUCUUUCUGGUAACAAGGUUACCAUCCAGGACUUGGAGAACAUGCUGAAAGCCAAGGACCUGGAACUUGAGCAUCUCUUGGCAACCUAUCAAAAUUUGCAGUGGCUGAAAGAAGAGAUUGAAGCAAAAUCACGGAGAUGGCAGUCAGAGCAAGGAGGAAUUAUCCAACAACUGCAGACAGCUCUUCAUGACAGGAACAAGGAAGUAGAAGUCCUCUCAGCAACACUGCUGUGCAAGCUGGCGCCUGGGCAGAGAGACACAGUGGAAGAGCUGUACUUUCGCCUUCACAAAAAAGAGAAGAUAAUUGAGGAACUCCUCCACGACAAGAGCUUGCAGACUAUAGAACAAGUGACUGAACUUCAGGAGUUGCUUCAGGCAGUGAGCAGCAGAGAACAGCAGAGUCAUAUAUCUUCUAAGAAGAUGGUACAAGCUCUAAAAGAAAGAAGUUUUGAGCUGCAAACUCUUCGUCAGCAACUGAUGAGCCAAACUUUCCCACCAAAAAUGAAUGCUUCCUGUGUCCAGCUCAUACAAAAAGAGGAGUCUGUUGAAACACUGAAGCAAGGAAGUUUAAGCAAUACCAUAGUCUCUGAAGAGGAAAAUGAUGGACCCAAGAUGGGAAAAGGUGUUCUGGAGACAACUCUUGGGCUUCAAAAGGAACUCAUUAAUGCUAAAGAGAAGCUUGAGCUGUUGACACAAAAAGAGAGGGAAAGCAGAUUGGAACUCUCUGCUCUUCAGUCUGUGGUAGACUCCCAGAAAAAAGAGCUGCAGAUUCAGGCUUCUGAUGUUGAAGCGCUUACUAGAAGCAUCCAGAUAAAAGAAGAAUUCAUAAAGGACUUGCAAAUGCAGCUGGUUGACCCUGAAGAAAUGCCAGCCAUUGAGCGACUUACCCAGGAGGUUUUAAUGCUUCAGGAAAAGAUAACCAGUGUAGAAUUGCAAGGACAGGAAGACCCAGGAAACAAGAAAUUGCAGCUUUUGUUGGCGCUGGAGGGCCUAGUUUCAGAGAGGAGUCAACUGAAUGAAACCCUGAAAACAGAAAAGCAACUCUACAGCAGUUUGGUUAAGCUUCGUGCUCAUUCUGUCAGCUCUGGACCCGAACACAUUCUGCAGGUGGAGCUGGAGGAGGUCCAGGCCCUCCGUAGGCAGUUGGAAGAGGCCCUUGGAAGAAGCCUGGAGCGCCUGAGCAGGCUGGAGUCAUUGCAUGGCAUUGGAGAUCUGACUGUGUCUGAUGAUGCCGAGGACGCUGGCACUGAGUUCACAGACAGCAUUGAAGAAGAGGUGGCACAGAGAAUUGCCCAGCACCAGAACAAUAAAGGAGAUGCUGAUGACAAUCUCGUGGGCUAUGAUUCCACUUGCCCUUCUCCACCCUCCCUAGUGAGUGAAAAGGGCCUCCAGGAGGAGCUGUUUACUUCAAAAUCUGAAAUUCAAACCAUUUUAGAGCAGAAGAAGAAGCUGGAAGAGGAACUGCAGGAUCUCAAGGGACAAAUUGAGGAAGCCGGGUUCUCCUCUGUGUCUCAACUCAGGAAGGCCCUGCUGAGCCUGUGCCUAGAGAACGCAGAGCUCAAGGAACAAGUUGGCGAAGCAAUGUUAUCAGAGGGUUGGGAGAAUGAAGAUGCAAAGGAAGAUGAAGAAAACUUGAGGCUGGAAGUCAGAAAGCUACAAGAGAAGUUGCACAUGUCAGAGAUCGUGACUGGACUCCUGAAAGAACAGCUCGCUCUGAACACCCAAGAAGGUUCAGUCAACGCUUCCUUCACAUGCAGUGUGGCUCAGGAUGUUGUGCAGCUGCAAAAGUCCCAGCAGUGCAACUGCCUGGGGCUUUCUCACAACGAUGUCUCACAGUCCCACUGCCAACCCGCCAAGAGUGUGGACUUCAACCCAUUGCCCAGCCUCAAAGGAGCCCAGGUGGAAGGAAUCAGUUUUGGGGAGCAGCUCAUCGAUCCCCUUCACUCAGAGUCACCUCGGUGCAGGCAGCAAUGUUAUAAGCUACGAGACAAACUCUUGGUUUCAGAGGCCACUAUACAGGCUCAGCAGACUCAGCUGGAAGAAUACCGGGUGCUCCUCAGUGAGCCGCUGGUGCAGAAAGAGAGUAAACAGAUACAAGUGGAUCUCCAGGACUUGGGCUAUGAGACCUGUGGGAGAAGUGAAAACGAAGUUGACCGGGAAGAGAUCACCAGCCCUGAAUGUGAAGAACAUAUUGAUGAGCUAAAGACUUGGAAGACGCUGCUGGGCUCCCCUGAAAGCAAGCUGGCAAAGCACGACUUGAGCCAGUGUGAGGAUGUAGCCGUUCUCCGCCAGCACAUCCAGGCUCUGCAAGGGCAGCUACAAAGUUCCCAUAAAGUCAUCCGGAAUCUACAAAGCCGUGUGCACUCCGUAUCCACUACCAGUGACUAUGCCUCUGGGGGAGAGCAUCCACUGAAGCGGAAGGAGACCUAUGCCCUGGGCAGUUCUCCUUCCCACAGCAUCACUGAUGAAGAUGAAGGCUGGCAGUCAGACAGCUUUGGGUCAAUUUGCCCUCCAAGUCUCCAACUCAACAAAGAUCUGGCCAGGCUCAUCCAGAGAGUAUCCCAUCUUGAGGCUCAACUGGGUGAGACUAAGCCGAAACUGCCAUUGCCAGAAGAACUGAAACCUUCAGCAACCCUGGGGAAAUAUGACUCAUUGGUUCAAGCUCAGGCUCGGGAGCUCUCUCAUCUUCGGCAGGCAAUGCGAGAGGGACAAGGGUUGUGUUGCAUGCUGAGCCAACACUUCAAGAACACCACCAAGUCCUUUGAGGAUCUCCUGCAGGGCACCGACGUCGAUUACUUCUUGGCACAGAGCUUUCGAGAACAACUGACACAAGGGAACCAGCUGACAGGACGGCUGACCAGGAAACUGAGCUGCCGGAAUGAUUUAAACGUGGAGGACAAAUCAAGCCAUGAAGUGCUGGCUCUAAGGUUGAGCAAGGAGCUUGAAGAGAAGGAGCAAAUCAUCAAGACUCUCCAGGCUAAGCUCCAUGUGCACUCAGUAUCCCCUUCCAGUAACCACAGCAUGUCUGAGUCGUCCCGCUCUGGCAGUAGCACUUCCUUUCUCUCUGAUGGCUUGGAGGGCUGCUCUGACAUGGAGGAUGCCACUGAGUACAGUUCCUACCAGGAGGAUGCCAGUGGAGACCAGUUCCACAGCCUCUCAGCAGACAAAGAUCCUGGCCAUCAACUUGGCAAAACCUCUGCCCAACCAUCUCACCCAGCCUUUGGUCCCACCUCCUCUGCUGCUCCAGCAGAAUCCGCACAAAGAAACUUUGCUUUGCCUCCUUCCCAGCAUGCCUUAAUGACAGUCAGCCAGACCUCCGGAGGCAUAAAGGUCCCGACACCAACACCAGUAAAGCCAGGGCCACUUGCUGGCCUUUCUUCUAUAGGCAGCCCUGCCCUCUCCUCCAAAGACUGUUGCAAAGGCUGUCCGCAUUCUCCUCAGUCAUUUCCCAUGCAAAACUGUCCUGAGUGGAGCAGGAAAUCUGGAGGAUGCAUUGCAGGGAACAGCCCUCUCUGGUACAUGCCUCCCUUCACACAGACGCAAGACAAACCUGUCUCUGGAACCUUGCCAUCAUGUUUGUCAGCAGCAUUUUCUGGCCAGCUCUCAGGUGCUGCUUUGUUGGAGGAACAUCUGUCUGAGAUCCGACUACUCCGCCAGCGCCUUGAGGAGUCCAUUUGCACCAAUGACCAUCUGAGGGAGCAACUGGAGACACGCCUCGCCUCAGUGGCAAAACCCACUGAGCUAGAGUGCCUCCAGGCAGCUUUCCUGGCAUCACACUCAAAGAUGCAUGAUGGCAAAGCUGUGUUGGAAUGGCAGCAAAUUGACCAGCAGAAGCUACAGGAUGAGAUCCGAGGCAAACAGCAAGACUUGAUGCAACUUCAGGAGAAGUUUGUGGCUUCACAGAUGAAUAAUUCCAGGCUUCAGGACAGAGUGACAAUUCUCCAACAGCAGUGUGAAGAAAACCAGCUCCUCCUCCAAGCCUUGCAGACUGAAUUACAUGUAUAUGAGGCAAUGUGCCCUGUGCCAAAGCAGAAGGCCACAACAGAGUCACAUGGGCAGGAAGACCUGGUUCCAAUAGAUGGUGUCAACAAACAAGGGAUCCAUGUCAUAGGAAACUUCAAGGAUUUCUGUACCCUUCAGAAACAGAUUCUGGAGGGCAAGAAUCUGAUCCACAGGAUGGCAUUGCUCCUACAGCCUGGUCUGGAGCCACAGAGCAACAAGGUCUUCUAUAUCGAAGUCAUCAAGCAAUUGCUGACUAGUGCUAGCUGUUUGCACCAGAUCCUGGAGAAGUCAACUACCACCCUUUCAAUGUUCUGGAAAGCACCUCUCCAUGAGACUCGAAUCUCUUCUCAAGAUCAGUCUAUGAAGAUUGAGAUUCAGCUACUCAGAACCAAACUGGCAGAGCAAGAAAGUCACUUGCAAAGUACCAGAGAUGUCAAGGAGAGCAUGGAGAACUUCCUCCUCACUCACUUGACAAGAACAUAUGAUGUAUUAAGGAAAGCAAGGACUAAUCUGGAGGGAAUUUCCCAACAACCUACACCUAUUUCUGCCAUCAUGUGACCAUAUUCCGGCCUGAGGUAUGAAGGAAAUGGAGCCAUGCCCAGGAAAAAAAGAUGAAGAAGAAAAGAAACUCCACCUGAUUGCUUACUGCUACCAAAGUGAGGCCUCAGAAGCAGCCUGGCAAGUUUUAGAGUUCAGAAGUUAUCUGGGAAGCCUCCAAUUCCUGCUGCUUUAGGGUGAAACCCCCAUGGCAUCUGGGGUAUGCUUCUAUAACAAAUCUCCUGCUAGAGAUUCAUCUGGAACUUGUUUGGAAUUGCUUCAGGCAUCAGUGCAAUAUUAGAAAAGGGAAAGGGUACUCCUGUGCACACUACGCUCAGAAAGAGGGGUAUUCCUAAAAAUAGCAUGGAUUCCAAAGCUGCCCUCGUGUGCCUCAGUGAGACUGGAUGUUUGUGUGCAGCUUAGAUAGUUCUAGCAUUCUCCUGCACCAAUUUAUUUAUUAUGCUGCUCUAAUUAUCAAUCAGGGUGUGUCAUAUAUUUUUGCGGCUAUAUUUACUUUGCCCCACUGAUGUGUGGCCUUGACAUAUACUUAUCAUAAGUGUGAUCACUGGAUUAUUAAGAAGGGAAGAAAGAAGAGCAAAGCUCUCUUAGCCCCAGUUUCAACAUACUUCGACUACUCCUUUUCUGAAGUUCCCUCUAAGCUAGGUAUCUCCCUCCAUACCUACUCCUUUCAGAAGAUUUUAUCAGAGCUGUCCUCGCUCACUUCAGGGUUUGUUUAGGGUGAACAUCAAAAGUUUUUAAUAUACGCGACAAUGCAGUUACAAGCCUUUUAUACUUCUGUAUGUUAUAAAUAGGCGAGUGGCUGAAAAAUGGGGUGCAGGGAAAAGACUCUGCUUAGAUUUGUGGAACUCAGUAAUUUUUCCAUUUCGUGAUCUGAAUUCCCAAUAAAGUUUUUUUAAAAAAAAAA